AUGGCCACCUCACAAAAGCGCAUCGGCCUUAUUGGCCUGUCUGCUAAAGGAUCCUGGGCAUCGAAGUCCCAUCUUCCCUACCUCCAACGCUCUCCGCACUAUGCUAUCACCGCCCUUCAGAACAGCUCUCUCACUUCAGCUCAGGCUUCCGCCAAACAGUACUCUCUAGACUCCGUAUCCACCCACGACUCUCCCAGCUCAGUCGCCCAGGAUCCCAACGUAGACAUCAUUGCUGUUAGCGUCAACGUGCCCCAACACUAUGAUCUCAUCCGUCCGGCUUUGGAAGCGGGAAAAGAUGUUUUUUGCGAAUGGCCUUUGGCUCGCAACGAGAAAGAAGCAGAAGAAUUGACGGCCUUGGCUAAAGAAAAGGGUGUCAGGACCAUGGUGGGCUUGCAAGCACGCCAGAACCCAUCAAUUCUGAAAGCGAAGGAGAUUGUUGAGUCGGGGAAGCUGGGCAAGAUUUUGGGGACGACGAUGUUCGGCCAUGGCAUGAUAUUCGGUGGCACAACUAUGCCCUCUUACACGUACAUGCACCCCGUGGAAAACGGCGCAAACAUCCUCACUAUCCCCUUCGGCCACGCCGUUGACGCUCUAUGCUACGUCUUUUCCAGCGAACUACGCUCCAUUUCCGCUGUGCUGUCGAACAGAUACCCCGAGCUCGAGCUUGUAGACGAGAACUACAAGCCCCUUGGAGAAAAGAAGGCGAAGACCUCUCACGACUUCGUCUCCAUAACCGCAGAACUCAUCAACGGCGGCGGUAACGUCGACGUGACAUAUGCGCCAGGUUUUUCACGCACCGGACGGGACUUUUACUGGGAGAUCAUCGGAUCCGAGGGUACGCUCGUGUUGGAAGGACCGAACGGACAUGUGCAGAUGUUCCAGCCUACAGUCAAAAUUGCCCUGGGCCAAGAGGGAUUGAAAGAUGUUGAGGUGGAGAAGGCUGAAGACCCUUCGUUCAAUGUGGGUAGGGCUUGGGAUGCAUGGGCUGGAGAGGGCAAGGGUAGUGUUACGACUUGGGAGGAGGCUGUUGUGAGGCAUAAGAUGAUUGAGGCGAUUUAUAGAAGUGCGGAGAAGGGAACGAGGGAGGACUAUGUAUAA